AGACCUCAUAAGCCAUCAGGUCAUGUGGCUUUUGCAGAAGAGAGGUGGGGAAAACGGCCAACAAAAAAACAUAAAAGUGCUGGUAAAUCACACUUUUACAGAGCUCCACCUCAAAUGCCCACACCUGGGGUGCAAAGAGCAGCACAAACCACCUUUAGUGUCCCUGAUGUUCCUGGUGUUGCUGAAGAGGUGUCUACAAAGAAAAAACAUGACAUUCCCAAACCAAAACAGACCCCAACAACUGAAAGCAGUGGCAUGAUAAAUGCAAAGGACAUUUCACAAGAAUAUGUUCCUAAAAAGGUCCCAACACCAAAAUUAUGUGAUGGUCACAAACUAAAACACAAAUCAAAAAAGACACCAAGUGAGUGUGGUGACACAAAGGACAAGACAGACAUUGUUAAUACAGGCAUUGGUGUUGCUGAAGAGGUAACUAAACUAUGGGAAUGUCAAGCCACUGAACAGAUUGUAGCACGUGUUAAGGCUGUCCAUUACAGAUUUGACAUGACGUUGAGACAUAAAGAAUUUCUGUCUUUGCGACCCCAUGAUAGACUAUGUGGAGAAGUUAUGGAAAGUUACAUCCGCUCUGUCCUUAACGAACAUGACAAGUCUGGGAAAAUUUAUCAGUUAAACCAUCACACCACCUUUGUAAUUUUCUAUGGCAAAAGAGAACAAGUGGCUCGACAAGGCUUAAAGGAUGUUAAUUUUGAAGCAUUUGAUGGGGUUAUCACAUUUCUUAAUAUAAGGGACAUCCACUGGAAGUUUGUGUACCUUCAUCUUCCAUCACAACAAAUUUUUGUUGUGGAUCCUGCAUGUGCUACACCUGACAUCAGGAGCCUGACAAACGCAUCAAAAAAAUUUCAACAGUACUUCAAAAUGCGUCACAAUCGCCUGGGAAAAGAGGACCUGGUCAAUAUUGAGUGGAAAACUGGUCACAUAAACCACACAGUGCAAGAGGAUGCUACCAGUUGUGGAGUAUUUGUUUUACAGAUGAUAAAGGAAACUGUGAAACAGUUUCCAGUCAUUCCACAGGAAUUUCAAAUAAAUCCUUCAGCAGAAAAUAUACAAAACCUCAGAAGAGAGAUGGCACGGGAUAUUCUGCUUGCAGCAGAAUCAAACGAGGAAUUCUGCUCUACCUGUGGGCUGAGAGACCUCCCAAACAAGACAGAUGUCCAGAUGAUUGACUGGAUUCAAUGUGACAGGUGUUGUAGGUGGUUUCACAUUUUAUGUGUAGGCCUACAGUGCAAUUCUUCUGAUGAAACGGAAUGGUUCUGUGAGUUGUGCAGGAUGCACUAAAAAGGUGAAGGACAAACAACAGGCAAACAGUUAGCCUAAAUGCUAAAGAUGUGCCAUGGCCCAUUAUUUUGGGUUGUU